AUGUAUCUCUACGGGAGCGUCUCGUCAACCAACAGCGACUUCGCUGCCUUUUGGCGAUCGAGGCACAACGGCAUGUCACCGCACAACUCGUCCCAUUUCCGUACGAAUCGCACCGGGGUCUGUCACCAAAUCCAGUACCGCCGAGCCCACUCGCGCGGGGCCCUAGCUCCGAACCUUCACCCUCCAGCCGAGACCGGGAGAAAACCCGUUCCCCGGAAGGGUCAUACCAAGUCCUGCAAUGGGUGCUACAACUGCAAGCGGCGCAAAGUCAAGCGUACAGGGGAUGUCGCCGUCUGCCUUCACUUCAAUUGUAUCAGUCUUGUUUCGAGUAUCCGUCCGUACCCCUCGUCUAGUGCUCACACUCACACGCUCGACGGAUCUGCCUCUCGCUCUGUCGGAUCUCUCGUCGCCCGGUCUCCGUCUCCCCCCAAUGUCUUUACUACUAUACCAACCUCGUUCUGCAUGGACGAUAGAUACGCGGGGUCGGUCAUCUCCGGCGUUCCUGUCUAUGGAGAAGACAUGGGACUGCCCGAGAGUGCAAGAAAAAGGAGACCUCCAAGGCAGGCUGGCGCGUACCAGAAUGGUCCCUUCGAAUUGAGGGCAGCGUCAUGGGCCGAGACAAAAUCCCCGGUUGCAAAAAUGGCGAGCCAUCAUGUCCUGAAGAACAGUAACAGUUCCAAGGGUUAAGAGAGACAAAAGAGAAACGGCCCGACAGUAAGCUUCUAGACGACCAGGACCUCCAUGACAAAGGAACCUGUUUUGGAGGCAGCCCUGUACAAAGGCCGUACCUAUUAUUCUUUGUACGACCAAGAAAACGAAUGCGGACGCUAAAGUAGACAAAUGAAAGAUUCAAUACCCCAAAGAGUUAUUUCGAAGAGAACACGCGAUACUCGAGCCGUUGGCGUCGUGUUGGACCGUAAAGAGACCCAGAAACCAGUGAGAGCAAGGAG